AUGGAACAUAAGAUGGAACUUGAGGAAAAAGUUGUGAGCAAGCGAAAGGCAGACUUCGCGAGGAAGAAUAAGCCCGCAAACGUGAAGAGGCUGAAAGGCGCAAGAAAGAGGAGGCUGAACAGAGGGCGAAGUUUGGAUGAAAUAGCUGAAAGGCAGAGGAAAAGAGAACAAGAACUUGAAGAAAGAGAGAGGCUUAAGAAGGAAGCUAUCUUACGUGGAACACCACUCGAUGACCGUUUUGAGCUUCAAAGCUAAGAAUCUUAAUUGAAAAUUUAAAUGAAAAAUUGCUAAUUUCCAUACAAGAAUAGCAAAGAUGAUGGUUCAGACAACAAUUUGAUUGGUCAAUUUGGUGUGGGAUUUUAUUAUGCCUUCCAAGUUGCUUGAUGAUAACAUUAUGUAUCAGAUAACAAUUUAUGUUUAAAUUGUAGCAUUUUGAUGUAUUGAAUAUUAUUAUAGUUUCUAUAGAAAUACUACUUUUGGUUUUAUAUUAAUUGUAUUUUUAUAAUUUGAUAUAAAUAGUCG